CGAUGGAGAGCGGCGGUCGGUUGCUGUUCCCUGGAGUCUCGGCGGCUCCGAGUGCGAGCGAAGCCCCGAGGGGAGCCGGGCUCCUGCUGCCGGGUUAGCGCGGGCCUCUUCACUGCCUGUCUCCCUGCCCAGCCCUGCCCUGCCCUGCCCUGCCCUGGGCCCGGGCUGUGGUCUCCUCACGGGUCCCCAGCGGAAGAUGGCGACUGGCAUGAGCUGGCAGCAGCAGCAACAACACUACAGCGGCGCCGCCGCCAGCCAGCCCGGGGCAGGCGGCGGCCAACCCGCCUCCGUGUCCCACUGGGCAGCCGAGUACAACCAAGACCUGCACCUGAAGAUGAGCAAGAAGAUAGCGCAGCUCACCAAGGUGAUCUACGCUUUAAAUACUAAAAAUGAUGAACAUGAGGUUGCUAUCCAGACACUUAAAGAAGCUCAUGAGGAAGAAAUCCAAAAAAUUCUUAUUGAGACUAGGGAGAAGAUUCUUCAGUAUAAAAGCAAAAUUAGUGAGGAAGUAGAAGUCCGAAAGAGAAUUCAGUCACUGGAAGAGUCGUUGGAACAGCAUGAGAAAGUGAAACAGCAAGUGCUUGCAGAAUUUGGAGCUUACAAGCAGAAGGUUGAAGAAGCACAACUUAGGAUGGAAACCAAUCACUUGCAAGGUGUAGUGGUCAUGUCCAGGGAGAUACAAGAAAUGAAAAAAACCUUUGAGGAAAAGUUGCAGCAUUUCAUGCAGUUAGAAUUCCAAUUUAAGCAGCAUAAUGAGGUAACUCUUGAAGACCUGCAGACAAUGCACAAACUAGAGAUCCAGGAGCUCUUAAGGACACACCACAAUCAGUAUGAUACUUUAAAUAAAGAAAAGGGGAAGUUAGAACAAGUACACCAGGCUGAACUGGAUGCUCUGAACAACAAAAUUGAGGAAUUUAAACUUGAGAAAGUAAAACUAGUGGAUGAAUUUGAAGCCAAAUUGAGGAAAGCUCAGGCCUUCUAUGAACAUGAACUUGAAGCCUUAAAACAAUCUCAGAAGUUGUCCUCUGAGAGUUUGCUUCUGUGGAAGCAGAAGGACACGGAACUAAAAAUUGAGUUUCAAACCCAAGAGGCUGCUUUGAAGAAGGAAUUGGGGAAGCUGCAGAUGGACUUGAAGAUUGCUCAGGAGGAGGCCCAUCAGUUGAGCAGCCAGUGCCAACAGCUUCAGCAUGCAUUAGAAAGAUCCAAAAGUCACAUGCAGAUUCUACAAAAACAACUAGAAGAAAGCCAACAGGAAGCUAGUAGUGCUCUUGUCAAACAAAAUGAGUUGGAGGAUGAAUUGAUAAACAGUAGAGACCGUAUUCAACAGCAGUGCACAGACCUUCUGCUGAAAUCAAGUCAUAUUGGGACGCUUCAAGCCACUCAGAUGAACCAUGAAUCUACAAUUCGGGAGCUGGAGUUAGAACAAUACAGGUUGAAAGAGAAAAUAUCCUAUCUUGAAGAGGAGAGAAAUCUCUUGCAGAACAAGAACCAAACCUUGGAUGAGCGACAGUGUCAACAACGUCUGGCCUUAGAGAAGUAUCUCAAUGAAGAGAAGGAAAUGCAGCAAAGAAAUUAUGAGAAGGAGAUACUGAAUCUGCAGCGUAACCAUAAAGAUGAAACAACAACUCUAAAAGAGAACAGCAGGAAGAAUGUGGCGGAGCUGUCCCAAAAACACCAAGUUGCUCUGGAUUCUCUUCAUGAAACAAACGAAAAAGAACAAAAAAAAAUGCAGUCGGAAAUGGAUCAAAAGCUUGAGAAGGAACGACUGCAAUUGGAGGAAGAAAAACAUCAGCUCAGACAACAGCUGGAAAACCUUCGGGAAGAGUUGACAGCAAAGCUAAAUACAGCCAAUCAAGAGGUGUGUCGUUUACAAGAUCUGGUGAAGAAAAGUGAACAAGGCCUAGGAUCAGCUGAGGGACAUAUUUCCAGCCUGAAAGAUGCUCAGGAAAGGCUGCAGAAGGAACUGGAUUAUUCUAGGGCCAAAUUGAGGGAGACAAGCGAUUCUCUCUCCUCUGCACAGGGAGAGCUGGAACACCAAAGGCAGGAGUAUGAGGCAAGGCUAACCACAGCAAAAGAGGAAGAAAAACUGCAACUGAAGAAAUUUGAACAAGAUCUGGAACAAAAAUGGAAAGCAACACUUAGGCAGCAGCAUGAGAAUCUACGUGAAGAAUUGGGAAAACAGCAUUCAGAGGAGACGCGAUCUGCUUUAGCGCAUCUCUCUCAUCUCAAGGAGCAAGACAUUAAUGCAGACAAGGUAAUCUGGCAGAAGAAGGUAGAAGAUCUCAUGAAUCAGCGGCACUUUCUAGGUGAAGCUUUACAAAAAUCUAUCAGUAAUAUCUCCUUAUUGAAGCAAAACUUGGAAAUGCAGCUAUCCGAGUCUCAAGCUUCCUUGCAGAAACUGCAAUGCCAAUUUAACCAUGAAAGGCAACGUCUCACUCAGCAAUUGCAAGAGAUGCAAGAGGAACAUAAACAGAGACAAAUGUCUGUGGAGGAUGCCCAUCAAAUUGCAAUUAGGAAACUGGAGGAAUCCAAAGAGAGGGAACUUACGGAAAUGGAAGAAGGCUUAUACCAGCAACAUAUGGAAGAGCUGCAGUCAUUGAAGGAGACUCACAGACUGAAUAUAGAGACUUUGCAAAAGGAAACAAGGCAACAGCUGCAGAAUCUGAAGACUGAGUUGGAAGAAGAAGGGGUAGCGCUACUUGCAUCUGUGCGCUCAGAGCUCAAUUAUCAACAUGCUAUAGCAAUAGACCAGCUGAGUCAAGGCCAACAACAGGAACUGGCAGGUGCAAGAAAGGAGUUGGAUUGGACCAUUGAUCUACACAGACUAAAGGAGGAGGAGUUGCUGGAAAGAAUAUCUAAGCUAGAAGAAGAAGCGCAACGCCGUGAGCAUCGUAUAAAGGAACUAGAUGAAGAGAACCUGUCUGUGCAUGAGAAUCUAAAUACAUUGACCAAAGAACUCGAGAUGAAAGGGAAAGAAGUUCUAAAAAUACGGAGUGAAGCUAACCAGCAAAUUAGGGCUUAUGAACAGGAUAUACAUAAGAAGCAGGAGAAGGAGCUUAAAGACUUGGAAGCAGCCCGUAUGCGAGAGAUGCAGAGUAUGCUAACAGAGUUUGACAAGGCUCAGGAACUCUUGAAGGAAAAAAUCUCUGUUUCGGAACACAUGUUGGAAGAGGCUGAGGAGAAGUACAGGAACAGAGAAGCAAGACCGGAGGAUCUACAAUUUAUCAAUGAGUUGAAGGAAAUGAUUACAGAACGGGAUCAGCUUAUGAAAAAACUAAUGGAUGAUAAGAAGUUUUACCAGCUGGAACUGGUGAAUAGAGAAACAAAUUUCAACAAGGUGUUUAAUGCUAACCCCAAUGUAGGAGUCAUCAAUCCCCUGGCAAAGCAAAAGAAAAAGAAUGAUAAAAUCGCCUCUCGGUUUGUUAGUGCCCCAAAUCUAAGUGCUGUAGAAUCUGCGGGUGUAGGAAAUGGACAGCAGCAAAACAACCGCCUUGAACCAAUUCCCAAUUCCCCUGUUCACGAUGUUGGGUUCAACAGCGUUAAGCCUCUACCGCAGCCAAUACCUCCAAAAGAGACUAAACGAUUUCUGAGGUGAGCAUCCACCUGAACAGAACUGUUAAGGUGAAACUGAUCCAACACUCCACAGCACUUAGUCAUUUAAUGUGUUUUGCCUAUUUUAAAGAAAACAACUGCUUUGGUUAAGAUUACGCUCUAAUGAAAUGUUUAAAUAGUUCUGAUUUUCUAGUAUUUUAGGAUGUCAGUGCGGCUCAGUUGGAAUUGCUCCUCCCUCACUUCUGGGUUACAAGGUUGUGAGCUCAAAGCCCAAUAUUGGGUCUUAAGAUUAAUAGUCUAGACUGACAGUCUAGGGAAAUGUCUAGUGAGUGCUUAUCAGAGGCGUCCAUUGACUUUUGGGAUAGAGAAAAGAUUUUUUUUUUGUGCCUAUUUUAG